GUCAUUUCCGGUUCCGCCUAGCAACCGGUAGUCACUGUGAACUGUUUGUGUCGUUUCUUGCUGCCGGGUUUUGGGGAGAAGAUGAGUGAGGUAGAAGAAACUCUGAAAAGGAUUCAGUCUCACAAGGGUGUGAUUGGUACAAUAGUUGUGAACUCAGAAGGAAUCCCAAUUAGGACAACUUUGGACAACUCCACAACUGUGCAGUAUGCAGGACUAUUCCAUCAACUUGCCAUGAAAGCUAGAAGCACUGUCCGAGAUAUUGACCCACAGAAUGACUUGACAUUCCUACGAGUCCGAUCAAAAAAGCAUGAGAUAAUGGUUGCACCAGAUAAGGAAUACCUUCUAAUCGUCAUCCAGAAUCCAAGUGAAUAAAUUCAGAAUGGAUAUCUAAAAGACAUCAAGGAUAGCAUUCAGCUGUUAGACUAACACUUUAAUAAUUUAAUAGUGAAAAGUGAAUUUGUAAACAGAGGUUAUGAACCAGAAGUUUGAAUUAAUGAUUUUUUGUUUUAAAAAAAACUUAAAACAAUAAACAGUAAUGCCAUGUA